AAAAUCGAGUCCCGCUAUUAAUAAUGCUCGAGAUCGCUGAUCGCGUAGAGUCAUUCGAAGAGUGCGCGCGAUCACCGUGGACGAGCUUCAGCUUCAAUCCUCCUCCGUAUCGCCAUCGCGAUUCCGCUUGCCGCGGCCGUAGAAGACUGUCGGAGAAUGCACGCCAACAACUUGCUUCUCGAGGAGCCUAUAAGGAUGGCUUCGAUUCUGGAGCCGUCGAAGCCUACAUUCUUUCCAGCAAUGACGAAGAUAGUGGGGACUCUCGGUCCAAAAUCACGAUCAGCCGAUAUAAUCUCUAGCUGCUUGAAUGCUGGAAUGUCUGUGGCACGAUUUGAUUUCUCUUGGGGCGAUGCUGAAUUCCACCAAGAAACAUUGGAAAAUCUGAAGGCAGCUAUUAAGAGCACGAAAAAGCUAUGCGCAGUUAUGCUUGAUACAAUCGGCCCAGAGUUGCAGGCAGUGAAUAAGACGGAGCACCCCAUUCCCCUUGAGGCAGACACAUUACUUGUCCUAACACCAGAUCAAAACAAAGAGGCCACUUCAAAUCUCUUACCAAUCAACUUCACUGGACUCUCAAAGGCAGUGAAAAAGGGAGACACUAUAUUUAUUGGCCAGUAUCUGUUCACAGGAAGUGAAACCACUUCUGUGUGGUUGGAGGUCACAGAGGUCAAUGGUGAAGAUGUGGUUUGCAUCAUAAAGAACUCUGCUGUGUUGGCAGGGUCUCUAUACACUCUCCACGUCUCUCAAAUUCGCAUAGAUUUGCCUACACUUACUGAUAAAGAUAAGGAGGUCAUUAGCACAUGGGGUGUCCGAAACAACAUAGACUUUCUCUCACUUUCAUACACUCGACAUGCUGAAGAUAUUCGUCAUGCUCGUCAGUUCCUGUCUAAAUUGGGUGAGCUCCAUCAGACUCAAAUUUUUGCUAAGAUAGAGAACGUUGAGGGUCUAAAUCACUUUGAUGAGAUCCUCCAAGAAGCUGAUGGCAUCAUAAUAUCUCGUGGAAAUUUGGGGAUUGAUCUACCUCCAGAGAAGGUAUUUCUCUUCCAGAAGGCCGCUGUUUACAAAUGUAACAUGGCUGGGAAGCCGGCGGUCGUCACUCGUGUUGUUGACAGCAUGACUGAUAACCUGAGGCCCACCCGUGCUGAAGCGACUGAUGUUGCCAAUGCCAUUUUGGAUGGAAGUGAUGCUAUUCUUCUUGGUGCGGAGACACUGCGAGGAUUAUACCCUGUGGAGACCAUUUCAAUUGUCGGAAAGAUAUGUGCUGAGGCAGAGAAAGUCUUCAAUCAAGAUUCUUAUUUCAAGAAGACUGUCAAAUGUGUGGGGGAGCCAAUGAGCCACUUAGAGUCCAUUGCUUCAUCUGCAGUGCGUGCUGCCAUCAAGGUGAAGGCCUCAGUAAUUAUAUGCUUCACUUCUUCAGGAAGAGCUGCGAGGCUAAUUGCAAAGUAUAGGCCCACAAUGCCAGUGAUCUCUGUGGUCGUUCCUCGACUCAAGACCAAUCAGCUGCGAUGGACUUUUAGUGGUGCCUUCGAGGCAAGGCAAUCUCUUAUUGUCCGAGGCCUAUUUCCCAUGCUUGCUGAUCCUCGACAUCCUGCCGAGUCUACAAGCGCAACGAAUGAAUCAAUUCUGAAGGUGGCUCUGGACCACGGGAAGGCGUCAGGUCUCAUAAAGGCUCAUGAUCGCGUAGUCGUCUGCCAAAAAGUGGGCGAUGCCUCAGUGGUCAAGAUCAUUGAGCUUGACGAUUAGGAUCGUCCCACUUUUCUUAACUCGAUCUUUUUCCCACUGCUCCUUUUGAACCCUUUUGCGUAAUCUAAUGU